GGCUGCCCCCGCCCAGUUGCAGAGUUGGAUGAAGACGGGAUCCUGCUGUGUUUGGAAGGCUGAGUUCCACAUCUAACAGCUCAGAGAGAUCAGGAAAGGACGAGACAGCUUUUGAGAAUUCGUGACCAAGCUUUGAGGUGAUCAAGGAACUGUCCCUCUGCUGAAAAUCUUCAUAGACAAUCCACUUUGACACAUGGCCCCCCAGCUCUUCAAAGCAGUGCCCCUUCAUGGUCCAUGCUGGUGAAGUCCUUAAGAUCGCAGAAGCCCAUGUCAGCAGAUAAUCAGCCCGCAGGAGGCCAAGAUAUCGGCAGUUCAGUCUACUAGCAAAAUACCAACAUGAAUCAGCAACAGCAGCUCAAUCCAGAAGAAAUCUCAAGGCUUUGCCAAAUGGCCCAAGUCCAUUGAUGCAGCAAGAAGGUGCCAGAAUAUCAAGAGAAGUUCUUCGUGAGAUACUAUGAAAUUACCACGAGCAAAGAUCAGCAACUUGAUGCAAGGAGGUGUUCUGGAUGGAUGGCAGCUGGAAGCCCGUCGCCAUAGCCAGCUCAUCGUCAACACUGAAGCACUUAACUGGGCAUUAAGUAAUGAAAAUUUUGAAACCAUAUAUGAGGAAUACAUCCAUCUCGUGCUAUUUGUGCUUCCUUCUAAACAGUCACUUUUUGACUGAGGCUGGCAUUCAUGUCUUCAUUUUGGGCUGUGUCAGCGUAGGUCUCCCUAAAACAGAGGCCAACUGGAUAGAUGUAAGAUAUGACCUGGAGAAAAUUGAAAGGCUUAUUCAAUCUAUUCAUAUUGACACCACUUUAUACACUGACAGUGACUUUCAUCCCAGUUGCAAAGUUACUGCAAUGAACUGCUUUCUCCUGGAAUUACAGGUUAUUUUACACGAGUACAGUAACAUGACUCUUAAUGAAACAGUAAGAAACGUGCUCUACCUUGCAAACAGCUCUCUGUCUUCUAACAAGAAUGUAGCAGAAUCUGGCUGCAAGGAAUGUGAGGAACUGGAGGAGAAAAGCUUCACAGAGUUUUUGCAGAGCUUUAUACGUAUUGUCCAAAUGUUCAUCAACACGUCCUGACUGCACGCGAGCCUCUUCAGUGUUUCUGUUAUUAAGACGCCCCCGCCUGCCGUGCAGAAGCAGCACAGCUCCGUCCGAACACUUGCAAUUUGCUGGGGAAACAAAGCUUCCUAACAAGGAGCUGAUGAGCCACUUGAAUCACAUGAACUCUCGGAAAUGAAGAGAGGAAAAGAGCUCUUCUCGGACUUAUUUUUGCUUGCUUAUUUUUAAUUUAUUACUUCAGUUGUACAUAUUUGUAAUAUAACAGGAGAUGUGGAAUAAAGUUGUAUGCGUAUUUUAUGAAAUUUAA